AUGCAAGACUCAGGAGAUCUUCACCCAAACAGACCACCUAACAGGGAAAUGCACGCGCAGGAAUUGAAAUAUUCCCCCAUCUAUCGAGAGUCAGUCCAGGAUGAAGUCCGUCGGGGUAACUUCGACGAAAUCCGGGGAUCAAUGUGGAACAAAGUGUGGCACCUCUCCCACGAGAAUGCCGAACACGAUCGUUUGAUACUUGACAUCGUCCGUUUCCGGGGAAGAGGUCCUUUGAAGAAACCCAGCAAGCAGAACCACAAAGACAUUAAAAUCGCCAACACACCGGCUGGCGUCGUCUGGGAAGAUCUGCCUUUUCUUGUCAUAGACAUGACGGACUACUGGCUCAAUGACUGCGCCACGAUGAGUGCUAGCCAGCGCUGCAACUUUGCCCGUUUUCUGGCCAAGCUUGCGUCGGCAGGCCUUUGCAAUGAUAAGCUUUUCCAGAUCGCUUUGCUGGUGUGCCGUGAUGCCUUGGAGACCGCGCGGCCGCUUGGUAGUCUUGACGACGCUGGUGACGCCGAUCCCGACCGCACGAUGCAAGACCUCACUGUUGCCGAUUUGCUGCCGGCGGUGUUUGCUUGGAUGCAGGAAGCAAGAUACAAGAUGAUCUCGCUCUCAAACGAGUCGUGGAACGACUGCUCGGAUGAUAUUGGGCGAGGCGGUGCCACCUUCGUGGAGUCAGAGCUAGGCAAGAAGUCGCCUUCUGGGUUUAGUCACUGGAGAUGGAUGUUCUGGCUGAAGCGACUGGAAGACAUCAAUCAAGAAGCCAAGCAAGCGGGCGAGAAGCUCAUUGCAGAGCAAAUCUCCCUGAUGCUAAACAUUAUGACGAGCGAACUCGAGAGCGGAGAUCCUCUAACGUUCAGAAAAUUCCAGGCUGCGGAGGACUUGAUCCCGGAUAGGAAGGAGUUCAGCAUCAAUUUCCUCACCGAGAGGGUAUACCUCGAGUGGAAGGAGAGCCAGGAAGAAAGUGAUGGCCCUCUGCAAGCCGCAGAAGCCCUACGAUUUAUCCACUCCAGGAAUGUGAUUCAUAGCGACUUUGGCAGCCACAAUUUCUUGAUUCAGGAAGAUGGCACCUUGGCCCUCGCGGAUUUUGGUGGCUCUCGGAUCGACAACACCUCAGCUGUGGUAUCAUAUUCGACCCGAUACGCUAGGCCGUGCUCUGACUCUGACGACCUUGACUCUACCGAGAUUGACGACCUGUUUGCUCUUGGAACAAUUAUCUAUGAAAUCAGCGUUGGACAUCAAUUGGAUAUCAGAAACUGCCUUAUCGGCGUGAUUCCUCAGCCCUUCAACGACAUCAACUCCAAUCUCGGAGGGAAGAUACUGAUAGAUCCGGGUCAAGAGGCUAUCCUCCAAGGAGUAGAUGGUUAUGCGCUCACUCCCCGUAAUGCGACGAAGGAUAGGGCCGAUGAAGGCUAUGUUGUUGCAGAUUUUCCGGACACUGCGCUGUCUGGCUUUGGGACUCGCGCCAUUACGUUCCCCGCCGACUUUCAGGCUUGUCACUGA